CCAGGAGGUGACGCGGAGAGGAGUCUCGAGUACCCGGAUGUCAGCUCCGCAGGACGGCCACCGGAGAACCGGAGCAGGUUCACAAAGACGAGGAAACACGCUUACAGUUUUAAUGGAGAGCAGCAGCAGACACUUUGCACACAUCUUCAUCUGCAUGGUGGGAGCAGUGACAAUACUCCUCGUCUAUCUGUACCCGGACUGGGGCUUUGAGAGCAGGCAUACACCAGCACCAGCAUCACUGGCAGCACCAGCAUGGAAGGAUCCCGGGCCGUAUUACGUGGCCUACCCAGGAAACUACAAAUUCAUCAUGGACGACACCCCGACGUGUAAAACCAGGACUCCUUUCCUGCUCCUGGUGGUCCCGGUGGCCCCCGGGGGCGUGGCAGCUCGGGACACCAUCCGGAGGACGUGGGGAAGUGAGAAACUGGUUCUGGGUCAGCGGGUCGAGACUCUCUUCAUACUGGGCCUACCUUCAGGAGCUGAUGCCAAGCAGCAGCAGGAGAAGCUCCAACUGGAAAACCUGCAGCACCAGGACCUGAUCCAGAGUAACUUCAAGGACGGCUACCACAAUCUGACCAUCAAGACGAUGAUGACACUGGAGUGGUUGGUUGCGCGCUGCGACAAGCUGUCCUACGUCAUGAAGAUUGACGCCGAUAUGUUGCUGCACGUCCAGAAUUUGGUUAAACUGUUACUGGAUCCCAGCACGGCCAAACAGAACUACAUGACAGGUUUGGUGUGGUGGCACAGCCCGGUCUUGAGAAAUCCGUUCAACAAGUUCUACAUGCCGAGAUAUGUGAUUGCUGAGCCGGAGUACCCGCCGUAUCCUCUGGGCAUGGCCUACGUCAUGUCCCUGGACCUGCCUGCCAAGAUCCUGGCAGCCGCCCCUCACAUUAAACCCAUCUUCAUCGAGGACGCCUACCUGGGUAUGUGCCUGAAACACCAUGGCCUUUCUCCCACCAACGCUCCUGAAAACACCAUGUUCAUGGUAGAUCAUAGGCAUCCUCUGAGCGACUGCAGCCUCUCCAGAGUGAUCGCUGCGACCACCACCAGCAUCCCACAGAUGACCAGUUACUGGGAGAGGAGCAGGGGGGCUAAAUGUUGAACUAUUCAGGUUUUAAAACUCUGAAUAGUCUGUAAGGUUAUUUAGCCUCAUCCGCUGUUUUUGGAUGUAUUUAUGCUGCCGAUGCACAACAUGUUCCAUAAUGACUUCUAACCAGGGGCGGCGGGUACUGUAGGCUAGGGGAGGCUAAGCCUUCCCAAAUAUUUGUGUCACUGCAUCCUAGUAAAAUAAAAUUAUAAUGUAUAAUGUUGGUGUCUUUGACAUAAGUGCUGUGAGGGUGGAGUGUGUGAGGAGGGUGUGUCACAUCCAUGGGCGUAGGAAGCAUCCUGAAUGUGGGGGGGACAUUUUUAACGGGGGGUGUGGGGGUCCUCCCCCAAGAAAAAAAAAAGAAAAGAUUUUCUGU